ACAUAGCCUCAUUUCCAAAUUGGAGGGAAUUCCCAAAUAUUCUAAAAUAUCUCUGCAAGAUUUCUCAUGAAUUUCUUCGGAAUACAACUACAGCAUGAAAGGAAUUGGACAACUAGGGUGCUUAGUUUUGUCUUGGUGUAAUUCUGAACAGAUUGGCACCAUUCAAUACUGACGGAUUUUGGAUAAUUUCUUGAGAACCCUGAAAAUGGCAACCCCAAAAUCGUUAUUUUCACUGGAAAUCGUUGUUGACAAACUGAUCCUUCCAAAUUCAGUGUGCAGAUUUCCAGCUGUGGCAUUCAGACUUCUAGACUUUCCCACAUUGAUUAUUUAUCAUAUUGAACAAGAACUGGCAGAUGACAUACGUUCAAAGAUAACAGUUGAUCGUUAUUUUGAAGUGCCACAACAAUUGAAUGAACUCAAAGAUCGUAAUGGAUAUUUUGUAAUGAAGAAGGGAAAGACAUGUUUGUUUAAAAUGGCAGUAGAAACGUUACAUGGACAUCUGACAAAUACGCCAUUGUAUGUCAUGAUAAUUGAUACAUUUCCAACAACUCCAAAGUUGAUAGGAAGUUGCACUAUCUCUCUGUGUGACAUCAUUAGUAACAUUGUGACAGAUAUUGAACAUCUAGGAUUAUCCGUGCCAUCUUCUCAUGGUGACAAGGGAACUUUCUCAAUAUUGAAUCUAAUGGGGAGCGAUAUUGGGAAGAUUACCUUAGGCUACAGGAUUCUAAGUCUUGGUGCUAGUUUGUUACCUCACAUCCCCGACAGUGCAAUAUCAAAACAAUCCAGCCAAAUAAAGGAUGAACCUGCAGAUAUUGCUCAACCAACAAGUAUUAAUGAUGCAGAAAUAGCUGUCAAAACUGCUGACAUUGUACUACAAGAUAUAGAAUCUGCAGUUAAGCCAGUUAAUAUUGUGCUCUCUGAUAAAGACGACUUGAAAGUUAAACCCUCUCAAAGUGACACAUCAACCCAAACUAAAUCAUCAAAACCUUUGAAAGCCGAGUCAAUUGAAGUUGAUGACAAUGUUGAUGAUCUAAUUAUUCCCAACAUUGUUUGCCCACCACCCUUGUUUUACAAUGCACAUGCGGGGGAUGCAGCUAUGAAAUAUGAAAAGAUGAAAGCGUAUGACAGGGCUAUUACCAAGGAAGCUAUUGAGCCACCAAAGAAGGCAUGGGAUGAUAUGGACAUAGACCAAUCAAUUGAUGAUGAGCACAGUGUAUCAGAUGAGAGCUUUGCAUCAUCAAUUGAGACUGACUCUAUAAAAGAAUCUGGACUCACAUUGAAUGAGUUUCAAUUUAACCAGGCUACACAAACACUCACUAAUCAACCACCAAGGUCUAGCAUAAAAAGGAAAACAAUUGUUAAACAUGUCCCAAGCGCUGAGGUUCAACACAUUGAAGUCAACCCUCAAGCUCAACAAGCUCAGCACCCUUUUCCAUAUUUAAGUCCUAAUCUGAUGACCCAAUUUGGUAAUUUUCCAGUGCUCGGUGCCUUGAUCAAUGAAAUAGUAAAGCUUCAACCAGGUGCUAUACCUCCAAUCUAUCCUGACACUAAGUCUCUUGUGCAGCCAACUCAGCAUAAACCUCUGCAUAAGCAUCAACACCAUAAAGCUAAGGGAUCAACUAAACAUGAUGCUGUCCCUAAUAGAACAAAAGAGCACCAAGAUCAGUUUUUAUCACGAAUGGCAAGACCAAAGAUGCAAACCAUGGGUCCUAAAUCUCCUGUCCCUAAAACAAAAAGCUGGAUACGAACUGCACCUGUAUAUGGUGUAAAGAAAACUAAGCUUCAAUAUGCCAUGACAAACACACAACGAAUGCGUCUAAUGAAGAAUAACCCAACCCUAUUAAAAACAUUAGAAGCACAAGAGAAACAUAAACAGGAAAUACAAGGUCUAGAGGUCAACUUUGAUCACUUGAACUUCAGCACAGAAAUCAGUCACCAUAGUGACAAUGUGUAUGAUGAAGAUAAUCACACACCAGGGGAGAACACCAGAUCUCAAACUCUACAGGCUGUUGAGGAAGCAUAUAGGGAUGCCCUCUCCAAGAGAGACAACACAUUGGAACAUACAGAUCCCUCUGUUAAACCUGCUCCAGUACCAAGGAAAUCUCUUGCUCACUCACAACCAGACCAUCCAUUGCCAUCACCAAGACAAUCAAAAUCAAAAUCUAAAAAUCCACCACAAGUCGAUAUGUUAAAAAAUGUUGAGCUCUUUAGCACAACUGAAGGUACGUUGAAAUACCAGACAAUUAAUACUCCUGUGAAUGAUUUGGACCAUUCAGAUCAGUCAAACUCAAAUCAUAUGGAGCCUCCUAUGUCAGUAAAUAAGGACAGGAUUGCUCCUGGUAUUGACUCUGUGGAUUAUGAAGGAGAGCUACAGGGGAGCCACAAUAGAAAGAGUUCUAUGGAUUAUUCAGAGAAUCUACAGGGUGACCCAAGUAGACGUAGUUCCAGAAGUAUAGAGGUUCAUAUUCCAUCAGCUUCAAUGAAUGAGUCUGAGUAUAGUGACACUGAUGCAACUGAUGACCUCACUGAAGAAGGUGGUCCUACACCUUUAGGUAAAACUAAGAAUAUAAAUAACCCAGGAUUCCCUGCCAAUGAUGGCCCCUCACCGCCACACACACUUGAAAGCACGGCUGCCACACCCAGGUACUCUGAUGAAUUUGAUGCUGAUGAUCCAGAACAUAAUAAUGUACUAGGGAAAACAAAAACAACUGCUCAGGCUCGAGUAUCACCCCCUCCCACAAGAACUGAAACUCCAGGAUACUCGGAUGACUUUGAACCCGAUGAGCCCCAGCUACAGCGCUAUAUACCUCCAACAGACUCUGAAACUGAAGGUGAUGAAACGUUCCACUCUGCUGACUCAAACACUGUUAAAUCUGACACUAAACAGGACACAAAAGCUAAAAGUAACAUCAAUCCACCUAAACUUUCAAACAAAUCUCCCACCCCGGCUAUGAGACGGUCAACGAAGACAGACGAGCCUGUGACAGUCAGCCAAUCAUUUGAUAGCAACUUUUCAGAGGAGUUUAAAAUCAAACAAGAAAUGUGGAAGAAAAGACGUGAACAAUUUAAUGAACAUCGUGAAUCUGCUAAUACUGACUCAAUGAGUUCGUAUUUGCCGUCAGAUGUUGAUAAUAUGUCAGAUAUUAGUGCUAUAAGCGGAAAUGUACCAUCUUAUAGGGAGUCAUCCGUCAGAAAUAUCAUACCCGCUAAUAAACUUGGAUACACUACGUAAAAGUAAAAACAUGAUUGUGACAUGAUCAUUAUGCUUUUGCCACUUAGUGAAAGAUUGAGAGUGUUUCCUGAUUCAAAAUCCUAAGUCUCAUGGCAGAGUUUUUAUUUUAACAUGUUUAAUUGCUCCGAUGGUAUCACAAGAUUUCUCUAAAUUUUUCCCAUGAAGUUGACAUCACCUAGAAAGUGGAACACCUCCAAUCCAUAAGUGGGAAUGAAACUCUGUAAGUGAACACCUCCCAUUUUUAGUGUUACACUGGCACAGGUUUUACUUUACUUACUGUUCACCAUUUUUGGUACUGGCAUUUAGCAUCAGUAUCUGGUAAAGGUUUGUGUCUGUCACAAUUGUUACUCUUUUCAGUAAAAACAUACUGACAUUUUAUCAGUUAAAACCUAAUUAAUUUCAAACUCAUAAUGAUAUGUUAGUUUCAACAACAAAAGACUUUGAG